CUUAGUCAUAGUGUUCGUGUCUGAUAGUGUAGGCUAUUUUUUUCUGGGGAGUGAAAAAAACUAAGAAGAGUUUUAACUGAAAAUAAGCACAUGAGAGAACAACCAUAAAACCCAAUAAGAACAGUUGUCUGUAAUCACACUGAAUUGGGGAGAUUGUGCCAGAGUUCAUGAGGCCUUGGAUCCAGUGAUGUCCUUUUGGAGACAUUGUUACUUAGAAAAUUUGGUUCAUAAACAGCUGUUUCAUUAUUACCAACUGUUCAAGGAAUUUGGCACCUAAUAGAAAGCUAAGUUAGAUAAUUUGAUAAUGUACAUUUGAGGAUUCUUAUUGAACUACUUUGUUAAACAAGAAUGUCAUUGAAAUAAUAUGUAAUAGUGAAAAACUGUUGUUCUUUGGAUUUCAUUCAUUGCUCUGUUCAGGGUCAUUCAUGUUAAAUUUGGGGCAGUUUCUUUGAGCUGCCCUGGAUAGCAUCUGUCCACAAACUUUUCUGGAAUUCUGAGUGUCUUAGGCAUUUAUAAACUAUGCCUGUUUUCUUGAUUUUUAUUCAUAGGAUUUUCAAAGUGUACUUUCAAAAUCUUGCUGAACAUAAAUCUCUCCAUAAAAUUGUUUCUCAAACAACCAGGGAAUAUCUAGUUGGAAUGCUUCAUUGUCCAGUUAUGAGAAGGAAAUCUAAAGCAGAGAAAGGAGAUUGAGCCUCUGAAGAAUUUAGAGGAUCAGUUUACCUGUUUUCAGACAGCUGGUUCGAUGCCCAGAACUGAAUGCUGUGCUCCAGCUGUGGCCUCACCGGUGCUGAAUAGAGAGGAAGAGCCACCUUCAUAGCUUACAUGUGAUUCCUCUGCCUAUACAACCCAAUACUGGAUUUACUUACUUUGGAGCUGGAGUCAGAUGGCAGCACUAUGGAGGACUAUUCACAGGAGGACUGGGGAAACCACAGUCAGGAUCUCCAUGGCUAUCCAACAGAUCAGGAAUUGGAUGAAAUGCCAGUUUCAAAGAGAACAUUAAAAAUAAAACAGGAGUCUUCUGAAGAGGCACAGAAGCGAGACACAAUGCAGAAUAUUGUACAGAUUUUGGAGUCGGUGCAGUUGAAAUGGGAAUUGUUUCAGAGCUGGACAGACUUUUCAAGGCUCCAUCUUUCCAAUAAAUUGGCCAUUUUUGGAAUUGGCUAUAACACCCGCUGGAAAGAAGAUAUCCGUUACCACUAUGCGGAGAUCAGCUCACAGGUGCCCCUUGGCAAGCGCCUCCGGGAGUACUUCAACUCUGAGAAGCCCGAGGGGCGGAUCAUUAUGACCCGAGUGCAAAAAAUGAACUGGAAAAAUGUUUACUACAAAUUCUUAGAGAUCACCAUUAGUGAGGCUAGGUGCCUGGAGCUGCACAUGGAGAUUGACUGGAUACCCAUCGCCCACUCCAAGCCAACCGGUGGGAAUGUUGUUCAGUAUUUAUUGCCAGGAGGGAUUCCUAAAAGCCCAGGCCUUUAUGCCAUUGGCUAUGAAGAAUGUAUUGAGAGGCCUCUCUCACCAGAUGUGGAGCGCCAUGCCCUGGACCCAGGAAAAGAGGGCCGGGUUGACAUGGAAACCCUCUCAGCACAAGCCCCUUUACAGGUGGAGGUAGAACCGCCCCGGAUCACCUACUGCUACCUCGGUAUCGCUGAAGUCAGGACUCUUCAACAGUGCUUAUUUUUACACUUCCAAGCAAAUACCAAAACCUUCAGUAAAGAUUGGGUUGGUAUUAAUGGGUUUUUGUCUCAGAACUGUAUUGUGGAUCCGGGAGUAUCCCCCAAAUCCAUCUAUAUCAAAUUCGUAGAAGUUGAGAGGGAUUUUCUGUCCGCCGGCUCAUUAGUUGAGUGCCUGGAAAAAGCCAUUGGAUACCCCUUAAAAUUUAACAACUGAGUGUCAUCCUUCAUAAGGAUUUGGGCUUGUGCAGUCUUCUCCGUUCCUCCCAUUACCCAGACUACCCCACCUCCAGAUGCUGCCAUCGGACUCUUCAUGGGAGCUCUUUCCACGAUGAGACCAAUACAACCUCUAAGAAACCAUAAUAGACUCUGGGCAGAAAAAGCAGACCUCACCUGAAAUGCUCAUUUUGAGCAAGCAGGUCUUGCAUGGUGGGUCAGUUCUUUUUUAAAAAAAGAAAACAUCAAUUUUUAAGUGGAGUUUAGAGCCUUGGUAUAAACAAAUGUAGUUACAUUCCAUAUUGGACAAAACUUAUACUUUGAGUUUCAUAUGAAAUUGAAAAUUGUAUUUUUUUCACAAUGUUUCAUUUUUACACAUCUCUAUAAGUAUUAUUUACAACCUUGAAUAAAUAAGCAAUAGAUAAUGACAAGUAAAUCUUGAGUCACAGUAAAUAAGGCUGUUUUUCAAUAUUACCUUUAGCUACUAUUGUAUAUAAUUUAGAGUUUCAUUUUUCACCGAACCAAGUGUUUUGCUAUUUCCAAUCAGUGUUGCCUGCAAAGACUUUUGUUUAUGUGAUGUACCGACUUUUAUGGUUGUGUUGCCAUUUAAACUUAAAAAAGGAAGAAAAAAAAAUUAAAGGAAUUCCUGACUUC